UGAUGGGGACGGUAUUUAAGGAGCCUGCGGCGCUGGGCGGCAGCUGCGGGCGCGGCGGCGCGGACGGGGCCGGGGACACAGGGCCGCGGGGACACAGGGACACGGGGACACGGGGACACGCGCGACCUCGCCAUGGUGGAGGCUUUCGUGGGCACCUGGAAGCUGGUGGACACGGCCAACUUCGAUGAGUACAUGAAGGCGCUGGGCGUGGGCUUCGCCACCAGGCAGAUGGCCGGGCUGACCAAACCCACCACCAUCAUCGAGGUGGCGGGCGACAAGGUGACGGUGAAGACCCAGAGCACCUUCAAGAACACGGAGAUCAGCUUCAAGCUGGGCGAGGAGUUCGACGAGACCACGGCCGACGACAGGCACGUCAAGUCUGUGGUCACGCUGGAUGGAGGCAAACUGGUCCACGUGCAGAAGUGGGAGGGGAAGGAGACAUCGCUAGUGCGGGAGCUGAAGGACGGGAAGUUGAUUCUGACUCUCACCAUGGGCAGCGUCGUCUCCACCCGCACCUACGAGAAGGCGACAUAGGCGCCGAGCCCAGCUCCCUGCCCGUCACCCGGUGCCAGAUCCAUCACCGAAUUGCCUCUGUCCCCCCGCGCGGCGCACGGCUCGCCGCGGUGCCGGAGCCCUCCGAACCCCUCGGGGCCGCGUCGCCCCGAUGCUGCGGUCUCGCGGGGCUGGUCGGGGUUGGGGUGUUGUGUUUCCUGGAUUUUUUUUUUUUUUUAAUGGAAGAACCCACGUGGAAAAAUAAAAGCGAUGUUGUUACA